AUGUCCUUCCUGUUUCGCUUCCACGACCUGAUCGGAGGCAUCCACGUGCCCAUCGACGACGGCGUGGACAAGCUCAACCGCAAAUACACGCUGGUGGUGUUCCUGUUCCUGGCGCUGCCCAUCUUCACGCGCCAGUACAUCGGGGACCCCAUCGAGUGCUUCACGCCCACCUACUUCACGGACGCCCAAGCGCGCUUCGUCAACAGCUACUGCUGGACGGCGUCCACCUACUACCUGGUGAGCGAGGUGGAGGCCGGCGCCGAGGAGGGGGGCGCCGACCAAGCGCCGGCAAGGGAGCCUCCGGACCCGCGUGUCCAGCCUGAAGAGCUCGACUACGCUGGCUUCGAGACGCCGCCCGCGGGAGGCGCGGAGCGUCUGCGUCGCGUCCACGUGUCCUACUAUCAAUGGGCCCCACUGAUCCUGCUGGUGCAGGGCUGCUGCUUCCAUCUGCCCUUUGUGCUGUGGGGCGCGUGCGCGCACAGCGCUGGCGUCAAGCUGCGACGGCUGCUCAAGCGAGCCUCGGACAUCGCGAGUCUGCCUCCGGGUUGCCAGCAACGAGAGGCCCUGCUUUCGGAGUUCGUGGACCAGUUCCACACGCUGGUGGCCGGCAGCGCGGGCUGCUGCACGGACCCUGCCUGCGGCCUGCCACUGGCGUGCCGCUGCGUGGGAGGGCCCACGCGCUACCUCUGCCUCCUCUACCUGCUUGUCAAGUCCAUGUACGUGCUCAACGUGGGCCUCCAGUUCCUGCUGCUCACGGCCUUCCUGGGCCGCGGCUUCCUGCGCCACGGGCUCGAGCUGGCGCGCCGGAUCAUGGCCGACGGAGACUGGUGGAACUCGCCGCGGUUCCCGCUGCAGACCCUCUGCCAGGUGCGCGCCGCACUCCAGGGCGGACUGCGCACCUACCUGUGCCGCUGCGUGCUGCCCAUCAACGUGUUCAACGAGAAGAUCUUCUCGGUGGUCUGGUUCUACCUGGCGCUGCUGCUGCCGCUGAACCUGGCCUCCCUGCUGCUCUGGCUGUGGCGCUGCUUCCGCUGCAACCGGUUCGCCUUCGUACGGCUCUGUCUCUGGAGGACCCGCAUGGUGAGCCUGGGCGAACUGUCGCGCGUCUCGCGCAAGAUCGCCGUCAACUACCUGGGCUGGGACGGCGUGUUCGUGCUGCGCCUGAUCGAGAACAACCACGGCAGCGCCAUGGCCACCAUCAUCCUGGGACGCAUGUACGACUUCUACGCCAACCAGAUGAAGGCGCAGGACGACGGCUCCGACGUGGAGCUCGGCCCGAUGCCGCCCUCGGUAGCCGCCCAACAGCAGGCCGCCAUGCACCCGUGCCACCCGGGAGCGUGCCACGGGGCUCCGCCGCCCUGCGCCCACCAGUUCGGUACCAGGCGGCCAGGCGGCUACUGGGGCAAGUGA